AUAGAAGCAAGUGGUGUUCGCAAGUAGAGAAAGAAGAAGAAGAAGACUUUGUUGUGAAGAACGUUUGAUCGCGGCUGAAGUCCCGAACAGUUUCACGGCCGCUUUCUUUGGGCUAGGCCGUGGACGCGGAGCCAAAGUGGUAAUGAAGCAGCAACCUCCCGGCGGCCUUGUGGCGCAGGUUGGGGCGCCCGUGGGAUCUGCCUGGAACGAGAACCUUCAACACGGAGGCGCCUUGGCGGCUGGAGCGGACUGCUGGGGUGAGGCAACCCCACAGAAGGGGGAGCUCACUUCUAUCUGCGGGGGCGUCCGCCAUUGGGAGCGUGGCAAAUCAGCGAGAAGCACCACCGGCGGAACAUACGUCAAGUGCAACCAAGAAGGGCACAUGAGCCGGGAUUGUGCCACUGCUGACUAUGGAGGACGACGAGGAUGCCUCAGGUGUGGCGAGGAAGGCCACAUGAGUAGAGAUUGAUCUGCAGACACUUGGGCGGCACACACCCAGAUGUGGUCCGCUACGCUUCGUGUGUGGCCAAAUUAGGCAUUUUGUGUGUAUUUUGUGCUAUAAUAGCUCAUUUAUUUUAGGAAAUUUCGAAAUUUGUACUUUUUUGACGAUGAUGUCGAUAAAUAUAUUCGUAUACGUUCCACUAUCUUGUA